GGCAUGGCUUCCGUGUGGAAGAGGCUCCAGCGCGUGGGGAAACACGCCUCCAAGUUCCAGUUUGUGGCCUCUUACCAGGAACUGAUGGUCGAGUGCACCAAGAAAUGGCAGCCAGAUAAAUUGGUGGUGGUAUGGACGAGAAGAAGUAGAAGGAAAUCUUCUAAGGCUCACAGCUGGCAGCCAGGAAUAAAAAAUCCAUACCGUGGGGUGGUGGUGUGGCCUGUUCCUGAAAACAUUGAAAUCACUGUGACGCUUUUUAAGGAUCCCCACGCUGAGGAAUUUGAGGACAAAGAAUGGACGUUUGUCAUAGAAAAUGAAUCUCCUUCUGGACGCCGGAAAGCUCUUGCCACCAGCAAUAUUAACAUGAAGCAAUACGCAAGCCCCAUGCCGACGCAGACUGACGUCAAGUUAAAAUUCAAGCCUUUGUCUAAGAAAGUCGUGUCUGCCACCUUGCAGUUCUCUUUAUCAUGCAUUUUCCUGAGGGAAGGAAAAGCAACGGACGAAGACAUGCAAAGCCUGGCUAGUCUGAUGAGCAUGAAGCAAGCAGACAUUGGCAAUUUAGAUGACUUUGAGGAAGAUAAUGAAGAUGAUGAAGAAAAUAGAGUCAACCAGGAGGAAAAGGCAGCAAAAAUCACAGAAAUUGUAAACCAGUUGAAUGCUCUGAGCAGCUUAGACGAAGAGCAAGAGGACUGCACAAAACCUAUGCUUUCCACUAAAUCAGCCAGUUCCUCUGAAGAACUUAUCAACAAGCUUAAUUUCCUGGAUGAAGAGGACCGAGGCGUGACCGAUCCCAGCUCAGACCCGUUCCUAGAUCCCAGUAGGACAGAACUCAACCCUUUCGGAGACCCUGAAAUGGAAGAACCCAAUGUCAAGAUGGCGUCACCUUCAAAACAGGAAGAAUCAUACUAUGGUGAUGAUUAUGAUGAUGAUGAAUAUAACCCCUUUAAAGACGAGGAACAUGCUGAGUAUAUCAACCCUUUCGAUGAGCCAGACCCUGAACCUGAGACUUUAGUGCCUGUCAAGGAUUUCCCCCCCCAGCCUGCAAAAAGAAAAAAUAUACGUCCUGUGGACAUGAGCAAAUACCUCUAUGCUGACACAUCGAAAACAGACGACGAAGAAUUAGAUGAAUCAAACCCAUUUUAUGAACCAAAAUCAAGCUCUGCUUUAAAUCAUCAAGUUACUUCGCUGCAAGAAACAGAGAGGAGGAUGAAAAAAAAAGCGCCGGAACCACCGGUCCUCUCUCCAAAGACAGAAAUGGAAACAAGUGAAAACACGUCAGCUAUUUAUGCCGUGAAAGAGCUUUCCUCUUCUCCUAAGCCAAGCCCAAUACCAAGUCCCAUCUUCGGGAGAAAGCCAAACGCUAGUCAGUCGUUGCUUGCUUGGUGCAAGGAAGUUACAAAAAACUACAGGGGAGUGAAAAUCACAAAUUUCACUACGUCCUGGCGAAAUGGAUUAUCUUUCUGUGCAAUAUUACACCACUUUAGGCCUGAUGUGAUUGAUUACAAGUCCCUGAAUCCUCAAGAUAUUAAAGAGAACAACAAAAAGGCCUACGAUGGAUUUGCCAGUUUAGGAAUAUCCCGACUGCUCGAACCUUCUGACAUGGUUUUGUUAGCGAUCCCUGACAAACUGACUGUGAUGACCUAUCUGUAUCAAAUACGGGCACAUUUCAGUGGUCAAGAGCUGAACGUGGUUCAGAUCGAGGAGAACAGUAGCAAAAGCACGUACAAAGUGGGCAACUACGAAACGGACCCAAACAGUUCCGUCGACCAGGAAAAGUUCUACGCAGAACUGAAUGACUUGAAGCGUGAGCCAGAGGCACAGCAGCCUGAAGAGAGCUUGGGGGACUUUGUUCUUCAGGAGGAAUCGGUAUUUAUAAAUGACGACAGAGUUGGGGAGUCAGGAAGUGAUUGUCAGGCACCAGAGGUCUACCUUAGCCCCAGCAUGGCUCCCCCUUCCUCUCACAGGACUACAAGCGAUGUAGAUCAACAAAAAAACCGACAGAGCUUGGGAAGGACUUCUGGAUUUGCGGAAGCCGGGAAAAACAGUAUGGUACAAGCUCAGCAGCCUCUGCUGGGAAGGAAGAAGCUGCUAAAAGUGGACACUUUAGAUCUGAGUGAUUUGGCACAAGACAGCAGUCCGAAGACGGAUGCCUUUCCUUUGACUUUACACGAGGACGCUGACCCGCAAGGACGCCAGAAUUCAGAGAGUACCAUUAAUUCUGUACUAGAAAAACAGGGCCCUCCCAGCCUAAAAGAGGACAUAACAUCUAAUUCCAAAUCACAUUUGGAAAAAGCAAGCUUAGUCAUGGGAGAUAAACCUGGAUACACCUGCAGUAGGGAUGCAGACGUUGAUAAAAAGACCCAUGUGUCUCAGAGGAAAAACGAGACCGAUUCAGAACUUGAUACCAAAACAACUGUAAAUCAGAUUGAUCAGGCCUCAAAAACUGCACAGCAACGAAUGUUAUCAAGACAGGAAGAACUCAAAGAACGGGCUCGAGUCCUCCUGGAGCAAGCCAGAAGAGACGCAGCUCUCAAGGCGGGGAACAGGCAUCUCGCCAGCACCACCACCCCAGGCCGCUCGAAGCAACUGACCGACCAGCAAGAUGAAGAGCGGCGUCGGCAGCUGAGAGAGAGAGCCCGUCAGCUAAUAGCAGAAGCUCGAUCUGGAGUGAAGAUGUCAGAACUUCCUAGCUACAGUGAAAUGGCUGCAGAAAAGUUGAAAGAAAGGUCAAAGGCAUCUGGAGAUGAGGAUGGGAAUGAUAAUAUUGAGAUAGUUACUAACGAGGAGAUUCCUGAAUGCGCUAUUACCAGCGACGAAGAUCAACAUACUAACCUAGAAAAUGACCUUGAUUCCGAUGCUGAACAGAACAGCAAGUUGGUGGAUCUGAAGUUGAAGAAGCUCGUAGAAGCUCAGCCACAGGUGGCAAAUUCACUCCCUGGCACUGCUCCGAAGUCUGUUACCGAUAGCACGGAGCAAGAGUUUAAGAACGAGACGGAAGACCAUCGUGCUGAGCGAUUACAAAAAGUGACAGAACGUUUUAGAAAUCCUGUCGUGUUCUUCAAGGACUCCACAGUCAGGAAAACUCAGCUCCAGUCAUUCAGUCAAUAUGUUGAAAACAGGCCAGAGAUGAAAAGGCAGAGAUCAAUACAGGAAGAUACAAAGAGAGGAAAUGAGGAGAAGGCGGCGAUAACUGAAACUCAGAGGAAGCCAUCAGAAGAUGAAGUGCUUAAUAAAGGGUUCAAAGACACCAGUCAGUAUGUUGUGGGAGAAUUGGCAGCACUAGAGAAUGAGCAGAAGCAAAUUGACACCCGUGCCGCGCUGGUGGAGAAGCGCCUCCGCUAUCUCAUGGACACAGGGAGAAAUACUGAGGAGGAAGAAGCCAUGAUGCAAGAAUGGUUCAUGCUGGUCAACAAGAAAAAUGCCUUAAUAAGGAGAAUGAAUCAGCUCUCUCUGUUGGAGAAAGAACACGACCUAGAAAGGCGGUACGAACUGCUGAACCGAGAGUUAAGAGCAAUGCUUGCCAUUGAAGACUGGCAAAAGACCGAAGCCCAGAAAAGGCGAGAACAGCUUUUGCUAGACGAACUUGUUAUUCUCGUUAAUAAACGCGAUGCGCUGGUCAGAGACUUAGAUGCUCAAGAAAAACAGGCUGAAGAAGAAGAUGAACACUUGGAAAGGACUCUUGAGCAAAACAAAGGAAAGAUGGCCAAGAAAGAAGAGAAGUGUGUCCUUCAGUAACUGGCCUUCACAGGCAUGCUGUCGUGUUUUAUAA